UUAAACGUGGGCACGUCGUGCUGCACGCAGCGCGAUUAAUAUUCUUCUUCAGGUCCUCUGACUUCGGGAAGUCAUUUAAUCUUUGGCCGCGUUAGAAACGUUCAGGAACACGGGUAUUACUCGUUUGGUCGAUCUGUGAAGUUUUAACACAGAUAUUAAGGCAGUGUUUACGGUGUUUGAGUUUCACUUUCGAUUUGAAGAAAAAUCAUCCAAGGGAGUGGCAGAAUGGAGAUCUGCGGUCUAGUGACUGAGAAAAACGAGCCAGUGCCUCUGAAGAGCAUCUCGGUGGAGGUUCUGGUUCAGGAUCAUGUCUCCACAGUCUCCUCCACUCUGCAGUAUGUGAAUGAGGAAGAGCGCCCCCUGGAGGCCUUGUUCGUCUUCCCUCUGCCUGCUGAUGCUGCUGUCUGCCACUUCAGUGCCAAGAUCGGAGAGAAGGAGAUUGUGGCAGAGGUGCAGGACAGAGAAAGCGCCAGGGAUCAGUAUGAUGACGCUGUGAGUUCGGGUCAGCAGGCGUUUCUGUUGGAAGAGAGCGCAGAGAGUCCUGAUGUGUUCAGACUGAGCGUCGGGUGUCUGUCAGCGGGUCAGAACGCUGCCGUCACCAUCAUCUACGUCACCGAGCUCUCUGUGCAGGACGACCACUCGCUGCACUUCUGUCUGCCGGCUGUACUCAACCCCCGAUACACUCCAGCAGGUUCAGCUGCUGGUAUAGUCUCCGAGAUUUCAUCGGGAGCUGUUCCCUACACGCUGACUCUCGGUGUUCAUGUGAGCUCUCCAAAGCCCAUCUCCAAACUAGAGUCCAACUGCACUCUGGGUCCUCUGGUGUUCCUCCGCUCUGAUCACACUCAGGCUACGGUGAACCUGAGUCCUGGUCACAGGUUUGAUAAGGACUUUGAGCUGUUUGUGUACUAUCAGGAUACCCAUCAGCCCUCUGCUGUAGUGGAGGCAGGAGUGACCACUGCCCCGCCAGGUUCUCUGAUGAGGGACCCAGUGGUCAUGAUAAGUUUGUACCCAGAGUUCCCAGAGGAAGUGAUGAAAUCACUGGCAACUCGAGGCGAGUUUGUUUUUGUGAUUGACAGAUCAGGCAGUAUGGACUGUGUGAUGCAUGAAGGGGAAGGAGCACAGAUGCGCAUUGAAAGUGCAAAGGACACUCUGCUGUUACUCUUGAAGAGUCUGCCCAUGGGAUGCUACUUCAAUAUCUAUGGAUUUGGCUCUGAUUUUGAAUCCUUCUUCCCUAAAAGUGUUGAGUACAAUCAGGACACAGUUGAUCAGGCUCUGAAGAGAGUGAAGGAAAUGCAAGCAGACAUGGGCGGCACAGAGAUAUUACAGCCUCUAAAACACAUCUACAGUCAGCCCUGUUACCCCGAUCACCCCAGACAGCUGUUCAUCUUCACUGAUGGAGAGGUGUCUAACACUAAAGAGGUUCUGGACCUGGUGAAAAGUCACGCUCACUCUCACAGGUGUUUCUCAUUCGGGAUUGGUGAGGGUGCGAGUGCCGCCCUCAUCACAGGAAUGGCCAGGGAGGGAUCUGGUCACGCUCAGUUCAUCACAGACAGCGACCGCAUGCAGCCCAAAGUGAUGCAGUCUCUCAGGUUUGCUCUGCAGCCCGCUGUGCUUAAUAUCUCUGUGGAUUGGACGCUUCCAGACGGUGUUACUGUUGACACGCUGUCUCCACCCUUCAGUGUGCUCUUCCAGGGUCAAAGGGCACUCAUUUAUGCCCAACUUAAAGGAGAGAGUUCAGGAGUCUCUGAGGGAACAGUGACAGUCAAAUACAGUCUUAAAGAUCAACCGGGAACAAACCAGCUCCACUUCCGCCUCAAACCAACUGAAGAAACAGGGUUGUCCAUUCACCGGCUGGCGGCUCGGACCCUGAUCCGUUCUCUGGAGCAGGAGGAGAGGUCCGGUCCUGCAGAUGCUGAGGGCAUCAGGAGCAGGAUGGUGGAGCUCAGUGUUCAGUCAGGAGUGAGCAGUGUUCAUACAGCCUUCAUUGCUGUGAAUAAAGACAGCAGACAGACUGUGAAAGGACCCCUGCUGCAGAGAAGAGUGCCGACAUACGAUUCAUAUUUUAAUGCUUGCUGCCUGAUGGAUACCAGUGAGACAUGUAUGGCUUAUUGCAUGAUGGAAAGCUGUGCAGAUAGCUGGAAUAUUGAAACAGAUGGUAUCGAAGGGGCUGUGUUAUCUCUACAGGCUGAAUCUGAAUGCAGACAAAGAUCUCCUGGGCCCCCGAAGGACGCUCUUCUUCAGCUGGUUUCUCUCCAGAAGGCGUCCGGCUGCUGGGAUCUGGACGAAGCACUGGCUGAUGUGUUUGGGAAGACGGAGGAUGAGCUGACGGAUCAGAAACCAGCACAGUGGAUGAUGGUCUGUACACAGGUGGAUGGGUCAGUAUGGGUCACUCUCCUGGCUCUGAUCUGGUUAUACGGCUGUAAAAUAGAGCAGCAGGUGGAGUGGCAGUUUGUGGCCAUGAAGGCAGCGUCAUGGAUCGGCUCUCAGAAAGUGGGAGAUCUGUCUCAGUGUGUGUGUGUGGGGAAUGUCCUGCUCGGAUGUCAGGUGACCAAAGAGACUCUGGGAAUCUGAAGACGUCAGCGUUUGUUUCUACAUCCUGAUCCGUCAGAAGACAAACAACUGUUAGUGUUUCAUUAACCAGUUUUUUUUUAUUGUGUUCUAUUAUUAUACAGAAUUUGUAAAACUCUCACGGUAAUGUUUUGAACUGAAUAAAGAAUUUUAAUCAGAUUAAAC